AAAAGCAGGUACAUCAGCACAUAAAAUUCAUAAUCAUCUCAUCCUCAGCUGUGUGGAGACUAAAGAAAAUACUUAGCUAAAACUUAGCUUACUAAGUACUGAGUCUUCAGCAGGUUAUUAAACAUACAACCUAAAAUGUCUGGCACAUCUAAGACCUCCCGGAUCAGUUUGACCCUUCUUUGCUCAAUGCUGUGCAUGUGGACGAGUGUAGAGUGCUGGUCCUACUUCUACUCUGACAACACCAUGAACUGGCCGAAUGCUCGAGCCUGGUGCCAGGAGCACUACACAGACAUGGUGGCCAUCCAGAACCAGGGCGAGAUCGAGCAUCUCAACACCUGGCUGCCCAGGAAAUCCACCUACUACUGGAUUGGGAUCCGCAAGGUUAAUGAUGUGUGGACCUGGGUGGGAACCAACAAGACUCUGACAGAAGAAGCAACCAACUGGGCAAAGGGAGAACCAAACAAUGGCAAGAGUGGAAAGCUUACGGGGCUGAAUGAAGAUUGUGUGGAGAUGUACAUUAAAAGGGAAUAUCAGGCCGGCAAAUGGAAUGACGAGAGGUGCGGGAAGCUGAAGACCGCUCUGUGCUACACAGCUGCCUGUAAGAACGACUCAUGCCUUUAUGGAGAAUGUGUAGAAACCAUCAACAGCCACGAGUGCGCUUGCUACGAAGGCUUUUACGGCGACCGGUGUGAUCAAGUUGUCAAGUGUAACGAAGAAGAGGUGACCGUUCCAUAUAAAGGAAACGUGGAAUGCACUCACAAGUAUGGAGAGUUCUCCUACGACUCCUCAUGCCAGUAUUCCUGUGAGGAAGGAUACCAGCUGAGUAUGUCCAGACCCCUGACAUGCACUGGCACCAAACAGUGGUCGGAACAGCCUCCAACAUGUGAAUUGGUCCAGUGUCAGAAGCUGUCGAGUCCAGCAAAAGGAUCCAUGAGGUGUGCCGAUCCUUUGGGCUCCUCCAGCUACCAGUCCACAUGUGUGUUUAUCUGUGAUGAAGGCUAUGAACUGGCUGGUUCCCAGUCUGACACUCUGCAUUGUGAAGCGUCAGGGUUUUGGAACGCCUCACAGCCAGUUUGUGCUGCUGUCCAGUGCCGUGCUAUCAGUGGGUUGGAAAAUGGCGUUGUCAGCUGUGGAGACGAUGCAGAUGUGAAGUUCAGCUACGAAAACACCUGCAGCUUCAGCUGUGCCCGCGGCUACCACCUGGUGGGACCGAGCAGGGUGACAUGCACGUCAGCAGCUGAGUGGAGUGACAUAAUGCCUCGCUGUGAAGCCAUCACUUGCCAGAAUCCAGAGGGAGAAGCUCACCUCAUCCCUCAGUGCAGCCAGCCUCUGACUAAACUGCAGCCAGACUCCACCUGCAGCUUCAGCUGUGAUGCAGGCUUUGAGCUGCAGGGAGCGAACACCAUCCAGUGUUCUGAAGAAGGACAGUGGAGUGAAGCCAUACCUACCUGCAAAGCAAUGGGGUGUCCUGCUCCUGAGAUCCCAACAAAUGCCCAGAUCAGCUGCGGCCUUUCUCUGUCUUCACCUGUUUCUACCACGACUCCCCACCCACUUGGGAUGGUUUGCAUUUUUAGCUGUGAUGAAGGCCAUGAGCUGCAAGGUGAAAUCAUCAUGGAGUGUGCAAAUUCAGGCCAGUGGACUUCCACAGCACCAAACUGCACAGCAAUGAGAUGCCCGUUACUCGAGGCUCCUGAAAACGGUCACAUGAACUGCUCAAACAGUGAGCAGUUCAACUCACAGUGCUCCUUCACAUGCAAUGACCAUUACUCACUACAUGGACAUGAGCUGCUGACCUGUGAUCAUCAUGGCAACUGGACCGGAGAGAAACCCACUUGCCAAGCUCCCCCACCGAAGACGGCUGCCAUUGCUGCUGGUGCGGCAACAGGGGGCGCUUUGACAUUUUCUGCUCUGUCUGCGGCUUUGUGGAUCCUGAAACGAUUGAAGAAUAAAGCAUCCAAGUUCGAGCUAAGCAGCAACUCUGACAUAGAUGUCCCUCAACCAGUCUACAAAAACAGCAUUGAAAGUCUCAUAUAGAACUCAUAUUCAUCAACAUCAACUAAGGACAUUUGUAUAUAUCUCUAACAUAACUGCAUGUGAGUUACCAGUGAUAGUUUGAAUACUUAACAUCAGCAUAAAUCCUGUAAACACAAAACUUAAUAUGUCAGAACUAUCUAUAAUGAAAGGAAAGCUUUUUUUUUGUUUUGUUUUAAAGAUAUUUGAAUGUGAUUGUGUUUUGUUGAAUGUCAUGAUUUGCUCUGUGAAGUUCAAAUAUAUAUAUAUAUAUGUACUUCCUCCCUAGGGGAGUUUUACAUUGAACACAUUGUUCUACAGAUUUAUCGGCAUGCUGGAAAGACGGCUCUAUUCAUGUUACUGUAAAUGUUAUAUAAUGUGUUUGGAUUGCCAUUGCAGAACUGUGAAUAAUUUCAUUAUGUCAGUAUUUAUGUACUAUUUAUUUACCAGCAUUUAAAAUCUUUAUUCAUAUUUCUGUAUGUUUAAAGCAGUACGGAUUUGUAUUCAUAAUAAAACUUUGAACAAAAUUA